GUCUUUUGACUUUCAUUACUGUCUGAAGUAUGAAAAACUAAACUUCCCCAUAACCUGACCAAAAAAUGUAUGACCAAAAUCAUAAUAAGUAAGAAAAAUCAGCUGGCUUACAUAAUAAAAAUAGAAACCACUGUUCAGUCUGUGCUCCACUUGCCCUCAUGACAUAUUAUCUUCCUAUAGGCCCCCCUUCCCUUUAUUCAACACUGUGUAUGUAUAUCUAUUUAUUUAGCACAAACUUUCAUUCUUUUGCUUAUGAUAUAUAUAGUGGGGAAAACAAGUAGAAAGUAGCAAAGGUAUUCAUUCCUUCAAUGGGCAAUCACAGAUUCAAGUUUUCAGAUAUGAUGCCAAACACUUGGUUUUACAAACUUAAAGACAUGAGCAAAACCAAAAACCAUAAAACCCCAUUUUCAUCUACUUCCAGUAAGUCCCAAUUUUCACAACCAAGAUCAUCAUUUUCUUAUACUAGAAAGUCUAUUAGAGUUGACAAGAUUUACAAUUCUCAUGCUGCUUAUACUUUCCUUGAUCCACCAAGAAAAUCAUCAUCAUCCUCAAAGAAAAAAUCCAAAAGAAAGACCAUUUAUAAGCCUUCUCCUAAACACAUUCCUUCCUCUAUUACCUCCAGCAACAACAACUACGCCUCAGUCUCAAACAAGUUGGGGUCCGCUUCUUCUGUUUCCUCCACAGAAGACGAUAAAUUCCCUGAAUUGGAUUUCCUCAAUUCUCCAUCCUCGGAUUUGCCAAAUUCUUGUAGUUGUCACUUUACUUCUUCAUCUACUGAUAUAAUCAUAGACGUGAACGAUAUAGCUCGCUCGAACAUAUUCAACAACAUAGAUACAGCGUACGCGGAAAUUUCAGAACUUGAUCAACUCCCACCAAUUCUCACCAAGCAAUCAAGUUCCAUCAAGAACAUAAAACAGGAUGACAAUGCUAAGCCUCGACGAGAAAAAGAACCUACAAACAAAGUAGGUUCUCCUGUAUCAAGAAAACAUUAUUUAUCAAACUCUUCUGGUGUAAGACUACGAACAAAUUCUACUAAAAUAGCUAGCAAGAGAAACAGCGUGUCAUCAAAAAGGCGAUCAAAGGCGAAGAAAGAGAAGUGUUCAACUUCGACAGGUACAAGUUUCGCUAUAGUGAAAGCUUCAAUUGAUCCUGAGAAAGAUUUUAGGGAAUCCAUGAUCGAAAUGGUUGUUGAAAACAAUAUCAGGGCGUCGAAAGACUUGGAAAAUCUUCUUGCUUGUUACCUUUCAUUGAAUUCAAAUGAGUACCAUGAUCUUAUUAUCAAGGCGUUUGAACAAGUCUGGUUCGACUUGUCUGAUCUUCACUUGUAAAGUACAGCUUCUUUCUUAGUUUUCUCAUUUCCUUCUGAGAAUGUGAAGCAGUACUUUUUUUUAACAAUACAUUCUUCUUUUCCU